GCGUCGCGGUUGCUAGGGAGCGGCCCCGGAAGUGGCGCGGCGGGCGGCCGCCAUGGGGCCGGGGGCAGCCCGCGGCGCUCGCGGAGCGUGAGGGGCGGCCACUCGCCGCCGGCAGGUGAGAGCGGGCUGCCGGCCCUGCCCAUCCCCUCCCCCGCGCUAUCGCGACAGCCCGUGGGGUCGCGACACGACGGCGGCGGGCGCGGGGAGGGGUCCCUCCCUGGCGGCGGGGAGGAGGGUAGUGGUUUUCAAUGCUGGGCAUGCAGAAUGUAAUUGGAUGAGGAGACACAGCGUGAAGAGGAUCCCGCCGAGCCGCCCUGGUGAAGGAGAACGCAAGUGGCAUAAGUUGAACCAAGAGAGGUUCAGGCUGGAUAUAAGGAAAAACCUUUUCCCCAGGAGGACAGACAAGCAGUGGGACAGCAUGCCCAGAGAAGCUGUGCUAUUUCCAUCCUUGGAGGUUUUCAAAGUGCAGCUGGAUAAAGCCCUGAGCAGCCUGGUCUGGCCUCACAGGAUAAUGGCAGGAAAAGUGAAGUGGGUAACUGACAUAGAAAAAUCUGUUCUGAUAAACAACUUUGAAAAAAGAGGCUGGAUUCAGGUGGCAGAAAAUGAAGACUGGAAUUUUUAUUGGAUGAGUGUACAAACCAUCAGAAAUGUUUUCAGUGUGGAAAGUGGUUACCGCCUUUCUGAUGACCAGAUUGUCAAUCAUUUUCCAAACCACUAUGAACUAACCAGGAAGGAUUUGAUGGUAAAGAAUAUCAAGCGAUACAGAAAGGAACUUGAGAAAGAAGGGAGUCCUCUUGCAGAAAAGGAUGAAAAUGGGAAAUAUAUUUAUUUGGAUUUUGUGCCUGUUACUUUUAUGCUUCCUGCUGAUUACAAUCUCUUUGUUGAAGAAUUCAGAAAAAAUCCCUCCAGCACUUGGAUUAUGAAACCUUGUGGGAAAGCUCAAGGAAAAGGAAUAUUUCUCAUAAAUAAACUCUCUCAAAUUAAAAAGUGGUCUCGAGACAGCAAAACAUCUUCAUUUGUAUCUCAGUCUUCCAAAGAAGCCUAUGUGAUUUCUCUCUAUAUCAACAAUCCAUUAUUGAUUGGUGGAAAGAAAUUUGACCUUCGUCUAUACGUUUUAGUAUCUACAUAUCGUCCACUGAGAUGUUAUAUGUAUAAACUUGGAUUUUGCCGGUUUUGCACAGUAAAAUAUACACCAAGUACUAGCGAACUGGAUAACAUGUUUGUUCAUCUUACAAAUGUUGCCAUUCAGAAACAUGGGGAUGAUUACAAUCAUAUCCAUGGAGGCAAGUGGACAGUGAGUAACUUGCGUCUGUAUCUGGAAAGCACCCGUGGAAAGGAAGUCACAAACAAAUUAUUUGAUGAAAUUCACUGGAUAAUUGUGCAGUCACUGAAGGCUGUUGCACCUGUAAUGAAUAAUGAUAAACACUGCUUUGAGUGUUAUGGAUACGACAUUAUCAUUGAUGACAAGCUUAAACCAUGGCUAAUUGAGGUCAAUGCUUCCCCUUCUCUUACUUCCAGUACUGCUAACGAUCGCAUCCUGAAGUACAAUCUUAUUAAUGACACACUUAACAUUGCUGUGCCUAACGGGGAAAUUCCAGACUGUAAAUGGAAUAAAUCUCCACCAAAAGAGGUUCUUGGCAAUUAUGAAGUCUUAUACGAUGAAGAGAUGGCACAAAGCGAUGGGCCUGAUCGUGACAUGCGAAGUCGUUCUGGGCAAACCACUGGAAUAAAAGGAAAUCGUGCAAGAGAUUCAGGAAAGCCUGUACUGACCACGUGGAAGUGAUAACAAAAUAAAAUCAGUGUAAAAGAGUAAUUCUUGUUGAAAUUCGGAACUGCACUGUUGGUAGGAAGACACAAUGAACCAAAAUGUAAUUCUUGAACAGAUCGCUUUAUUUUGCUAUGUUACAUGUGAGAAUUAUUAAAAGGGGACAAUACAGCCUUUGAAAAGACAUGAAACAAAGCCUCUAAAACCAAGAAUUGUACUGGAGAUGCACUGAAUUGCCAGUUAAUGAUAUAUAUGUAUAUAUUACUGUAUAUAAUAUAUAACUAAUUUCAUGCUGCAUGUGGUCAUAUUAGUUCUCUGAAAGCAAUGAAUUCUAUUAAACUUUUAGAAGCAUAACUGUUCGCACUUUGGAGAAACUAACAUUCUCUCAGUAAUGAUUAAGAGCUUUCUUUAAAGUUGACAACUCAAAAUAUACAUUCUAAAAGAAACCUGUGGCCAUUCUGGAUAUAAUUUAAUUUCUAGGAGAGCCUAUCUCUAAUCCUUUUAAUAAAAGCGGAUUCUGUAAAAGCGUGGCGGUGAUGAGCAUUAUAAUAGUAUAUUGUCACAAUGAUUUCAGUUUCUUGCUGGUAAGAAAUGAGUAACUAACAAAAAUAGCAGUACAUGGAGUUGAGGCUAUGGUCAGUUAAUGCAGCAAAUAAUUUGUAACCAGUAUUAAGAUCCUAGAAAGCAAAUCUUUAUAUGCUGAGGGUGUUUUUUUCCUUUAAAUGUUUUGAGCUGCUAAAUUUUUAGAGACAGAAGGUUUCAUGACUUGAGAGAACAUUUCACAUGCUAUUUUGAUGCAUUAUUUUACUAGCUAUUCAUUUUUAUUCCAAGAUAAUACACAUCUCCGCAGAAAAACAGACAGAACAACUACAUACUGUAAUAAAUCUCAUUGCCUGUAGCUGAUUAUAAAUCCUUACUUGCACCAGAAUCUCUUCAUGUAUUUAUGCAUGUAUAUAAAUAAGUACAAUAUGUCUGUAUAUUUUUGUAAAUUUUGUAUGUACUGUAACAAAAAUAUUGUUGCAUCUGGUAAGCCACCUCUGGUAGCUCUGAUGUCAAAGAUUGUGAUGUUUAUCUACAAAAUGUAUAGAGCAAAAAUUAAAAAUAGGUAUUUCGGUCUUCUAACAGCGUAGUAUAUAAAUAAACUCGUUGGGUCUGUGAUUGGCUGUCGCUUUCACUUGCAGAUCCACCAGUUGUUAGGCAGUUAUUUAUAAAUGCUGUAAUGUGCAGCUCAGACCUUCCUCCCUGCUCCCCCCUUUUUUUGGAUGGGGGAGAAUUGUUGAGAGAGAGAUGAAGGAGGUUUAAAAACUCAUAAAUAGCCAUGUAACCAUAAUAAACUCUGAUUUGGAUGCCACUGAUGCAGUGGUACUCAAUCUCUACCUGCUAUAGCAGGCAGAGUACUUUGCCUUCCUAUGUGGCAGGCUAUUUAAGCGCAGGCAAAGUAAACACAACCUCUUCCAAAAGUUUUGAGUUUCUUGAGUGUGUAGAGCAGACCACUUGCACGACAGAAAACUGCAGUCCCUUUCUUGCUUUUGAAGGCCCUCCUAGAAAGGAAGGCAGCUGCUUGCAAACUGCUUUCAUUGGGAUGGUGCUUAUGACACUCACUGUGGACCCAAUCUGAUGAGAGCAGAUUGGCCUGGGGUGAUGGGGCGGGGGGGAGGGGUCCUGCACAUGGUCUGGAGCUGCCCAGUGUCCUCAGACAUGACCUGGGAUUCAUCCUUGCAAUAAAUAAUGACGUACCUAGAAUGAAUGAGUCCCUCCAAGUGCAAUUCUCAUUUUGAUUAUCUUGUAUAUUCUGUUUAAAUAAAGACCAGAAUCCAACUGA